GAAAAAGUCAUGAAAUGAGAAAAAUAACAAGGAAAUAAACAAAGGUGAUGAAACCGCCGACGAAGAGGAAAGCUGCUAGAAGGACCAAUACCGCGGCUCUUAGAACAAUGGCUGAUUAACAGUUGCAACCACCGCUGGCGCAACCUCAUUUGCAACAACCGCAGGUGCAACCUCAAUUGCAACAACCGCAGGUGCAACCUCAAUUGCAACAACAACAGAUGCAACAUCAAUUACAACCACUGCAGGUGCAACAUCAAUUACAACCACUGCAGGUGGAACCUCAAUUGCAACAACCGCAGGUGCAACCUCAAUUGCAACCACAGAAGUUGCAAAAUCAAUUGCAACCACAGCAGUUUCAAAAUCAAUUGCAACCACUGCAGUUGCAAAAUCAAUUGCAACCACUGCAGUUGCAAAAUCAAUUGCAACCGCAGCCAUCGCAAAAUCAAUUGCAACCACAGCCGUUGCAAACUCAAUUGCAACAAUGUGUACCUCAAGAACUACCUCUGCAUGAAACUGCGUUUAAUGCAAGUAGUAUGCAACAACAACUGCAACAGUUGCAAUUGCAAAUGCAGCAGAUGGAACAGUUCCAACAAAACAAGGCUCCAGUACAAAAUAUGUUGCAAAAAUCGCCUACGGCGACAAACGUUCGUCAUUUACAAAAUGGAAAUAAAAAAAAUGAAAUUGGACAUUCGGGACAUAGAAGGUGACAGAGAUAGAGAAAAAAAGAGGGAACGAGAAAGGGAACGAAAGAGAGAACGAGAAAGAGAUCGUCAAAAUGAGAGAAAGAG